AUGUCGACAUUAGCCCGCGCCCUCCGCCCGGCUCGCCGCCUCCGAAUCGCACCGCCCGCGCAGCGGGGCAUGCCCCUCGUCGCCCAGCGGUGCUUCGCCGACAAGCCGCCCGUCCAGACCGAGUCCACUACCAACGCCGAGUUGGGCGUGGGCGAGUUCGAGGGCAUCAAGUUCCGCGUCGAGCCGCUGCGCCGCGUGGGCGAGGACGAGCGCACCAUGCGUGCCCGCCUUCUUUACCAGUCCCGUAAGCGUGGUACCCUCGAGUCCGACCUCCUUAUGUCGACCUUCGCCAACGAGCACCUCCCACACAUGACAAAGGCGCAGAUGCAGCAGUACGACCUGUUCCUCGACGAGAACGACUGGGACAUCUACUACUGGGCUACGCAGGAGGACGCCCCCUCAAACUCGGCCCCGACGCAGAAGCCCUUGGCAGAGACCGCCCAGACCAAGCCCGCCGAAGACAUCCGCACGCAGCCGCAGCGCGCCGGGGAGUGGGCCAACACCAUCGGCACCUUCAAGGCGCAGUACCGGCCCGUUCCCGUGCGGUGGCAAGAUAGCGAGAUCCUCGAGAUGCUGAGGGCCCAUGUCCGCAGCCGCCGCGCCGACGGCACCGUUGGCGUGCACCGCGACGUGCAGGAGCGCAAGGAGGGCGGACUCGGGUUCAUGCCGCCCCUAUUCGACGUUGACAGGGCGGGCGGCAGGAACUGA